AUGAUGACAAAGCCUCAAGUUCAUAAAGAGAAUGAAGAUCAUGUACAUGAAUAUGAUAAGGUUAAUAGUAUCAUACCUAAUGUCGUUUAUAACAACUAUGAUCAUGCAUCAAAAGAGGUGAAGACUCUAGGUGAAAGUGUGAAUGAGAUCUAUUGUACUAUGAUUGGAAAUGACAAUAGAUUAAGUUCAGAUGAUAUGAGUGCCCAAAUUAAUGAAAGAGUUGAUUUCAUUGGAUUGAUGAAUGAUAAAAUUACAUCUAUCAAUAGGUGCUUGAGUUUGAAAACUAAAGAGCUUCCUUGUACCAGCAUAAUGAAGAUAACUCAUGAAGAAGAUCAUGUAGUGUAG